UGCGAGUGCGGACAGCAUAUUUGAGAGUGAGGAGGGUGGGGAGCAACUAGCGUGAGGGUUGGGGCGCAGAAGGAAGGAGCAGAAGAAGAGAGAGAGAGAGAGAGAGAGAGAGGAUGGGGAGGAAGGAGCAAGGGGGAAGCGUGAGGAGCAGCAAGAGUGGAGGGAAAUCGGAGUCGGUUCCACUGGUGGUGGCCCUUAACUGCCUCGAGGACUGCGUAGCUUUUGAAGCGGAGAGGCUGUCUGGGAUCGCCGUGGUGGAGCAUGUGGAGCUGGGCCGCAUCGCGGAGGGCCGGAUUGAGGCGGCUGCGGCUGUCCUCCUCCACUCCCUUGCUUACCUCCCUCGCGCUGCCCAGCGUCGGCUCCACUCAUCCCAGCUCCUCCUCUGCCUUGGCUCCUCUGACAAGGCCGUCGACUCCUCCCUCGCCACUGACCUUGGCCUCCACCUUGUCCAUGUGGACACCAGCAGGGCCGAGGAGGUGGCUGACACGGUCAUGGCCCUCUUUCUUGCCCUCCUGAGGCGCACCCACCUGCUGUCCCAGCACCAUGCCUCGUCUUCAUCUUCCGCGUGCCUGGGCUCGCUGCAGCCACUUUGCAGGGGCAUGCGCCGCUGCAGGGGCCUUGUCCUGGGCAUUGUUGGCAGAUCUGCCUCUGCUUCCUGCCUUGCUACCCGCACCCUCGCAUUCAAGAUGAGCGUUCUCUACUUUGAUGUUGACCACCAGGGGAAAGGAAAAACAGGGCGAUCUUCUGUAUCUUUUCCUCCUGCUGCUCGAAGAAUGGACACCCUCAAUGAUUUACUAGCUGCAAGUGAUCUUGUUUCACUUCAUUGUGCACUUUCUAAUGAAACCAUCCAGAUUAUUAAUGCAGAAUGCCUGCAGCACAUAAAACCUGGGGCUUUUAUAGUAAAUACAGGCAGCAGCCAAUUGUUGGAUGAUUGUGCUCUAAAGCAACUGCUGAUUGACGGCAUGAUUUCUGGUUGUGCCUUGGAUGGUGCAGAAGGGCCACAAUGGAUGGAAGCAUGGGUGCGGGAGAUGCCAAAUGUAAUCAUACUACCUCGUAGUUCAGAUUACAGUGAGGAAGUGUGGAUGGAAAUAAGAGAGAAGGCUGUUUCAAUAUUACAGACGUUCUUUCUUGAGGGUAUCAUUCCAAAAAAUGCUGUUUCUGAUGAGGAAGAACAAGUUGAAACUGGGUAUGAUGAUGAGCAGUUUGAGAAACGGGAUACUGAAAGUGCUUUCUUGGUUCGUAAUGGUGAACAGUUGACUGCUGAAAGUCCAAUGAGUUCAGAGUUCCAUAAAAAACAUGCCUAUCAAUUAGAAGAUGCUUCCCCUCACUCCCAUGAUUCGGGUAUCUCGCAGUCCUCUACUCGGUCUGAAGAAAGGCAUGGUAGGUCAGGCAAGAAAGGUAAAAAGAGACCAUCACGGCGUAAGUCCCACCUAAAGUCAGAUUCACUUACCUUAUUAGAGAAAGACAGCAACAAUUCUACUUCUCAAAGGGAGGAUGACACGUCAAUAAAUGGCAGGGAUCAGGGAAUGAGUUCUAGUUCUCGUUUUGCUUCCCCUGAAGAUUCUUCUAGAAUCAGACCUGUUUGUCCUGCUGAAUCAACGGUAUGUGAUAAGCCAGGGCUUGUAUUGAGCAAGGGACUCAAUAGACAAUCUGGGGAGUUGCUGAAAGAUGGGUAUGUUAUAGCUUUGCAUGCAAGAGGUCGAGCUGGGUAUCAUGUGUCUAGACAAAGAGUACCUGGUGGUGGUUGGUUCUUGGACACCAUGUCUAAUGUGACAAAAAGGGACCCUGCAGCUCAAUUUCUAGUUGCGUUCAGAACUAAGGAUACAAUUGGAUUGCGUUCAUUUGCUGCUGGUGGAAAGUUAUUACAAAUAAACAGAAGAAUGGAAUUUGUAUUUGCCAGUCACAGCUUUGAUGUUUGGGAGAGUUGGAUGUUGGAAGGCUCCUCACUAGAUGAGUGUCGGCUAGUGAACUGUAGAAAUCCCUUGGCCGUGUUGGAUGUAUGUGUUGAGAUCCUGGCUGCUGUUGGUGAAGAAGAUGGUGUUGCUCGCUGGCUCAGUUAGGUUCACGGAGUGCUAGUGAAUGGAAAUUUCUUGGAAUAUCCUUGAUGCUUUCUUCUUAGGUUUUGUUUGUUCCUAUGAAAACCUCUGUACAGUAUUCAUUUGUCCUUUUCUUCUUAACAGAGGUAUGGUGGUGUUGAUGAAAUGGACUGACUUGCCCUCUGUUUCCUUGUUAAGUGAAAUUAGAACCUACGGCGAUCUUUUCUUCGACAUCGUUUACCUUUCCUCAAAACCCAUUAGAAGUGUCAUAUUGCAAUGUCCGGCUAUUAGCCUCUACAAUCCUCCUGAAUCUGCGACUAAAUAAAAAAUUGGUGCAUUUUAACUUCA